UAGAAAAGAAGACAGUGUAAUUAGUCUGAUUGAGGUAGUCAUGAAGUUGGAGGGUUAGGAAGGAUGUGUAGUUUGAGAUUUUUUGCAGCCUAGCAGCAUCCAGGGAGGAGAGCUGCAAAUAGCUCUGAUCGUAGUUGUGGGUAUGUUGUUUCUUCUGAACAUUUUACUUUUUUUUCCUGUGCAGGAGUCACAGUGUGUGGAUGGACAUUUAGACCUGAGCACUCCAGGAUAUAGUGAAGACCUCAGUGUCCUCUGUGAACAUGUUGAGGAACAAAAUGAACCCAUCAACUUUGUGGAAUCAGUUGAGGAACAGAGUGAACCCAAACACUUUGUGGAACAUGUUCAGGAAACUAACUUUCCGAAGUGGAUGGCUGCUCAGGACACCACCAGCCAAGAAGAAAAUAUAAAGUGUCCUUUAUCUAUUGUUACUUCAACUGAAUGUAUGAACUUGGCUAAAUUGGUCAAUGAAGAUUGGAAGAUGCUAGGCAGAUCCUUGGGUUUGACUGAAGGAGAUAUCCAUGCCAUUGAUUAUGACUAUCACUCGGAUGGCUUGAUUGAGAAAGCCUAUCAGGUGCUUCAGAAAUGGAUACAGCAGCAAGGAAGGAAUGCCAAUCGAGGAAAGUUAGUGUUCCACUUGAAGAAAAUGAAGAGGAAUGACCUGGUGAUGCAGUUGGCGUUCUGAAAGAUUUAUAGAUUUACUUUGUCCUAACUAAUAGCAAGCUUGGAGAAUAUUUCUUUUUUUACUUCUUUGGUUAAAGAUUUGUAUUUUCUUUCAAAAUUAAGUGGAAAUGGAAUACACCUCGUGUUAGAGCUGACACACGCAUGUAAGUUUUGAAUUCUUGCAUGGUGUCGCCAAAGAUGUUGCGGAAUUUAGCCCAAGCUUGUAAAUUACUCUUGUUUACUGCCAAGAGUUAAUGUAUAUUAAUGUGCCACAUGAAAAUUAGUUUUGCCUCAGCUCGCAGCAUUCUCUUCUCUGAGUCAAGCGAUUGUAGGUUUGAGCACAUAAUCUAGGUGGGGUGGAGCAGGAUACUGAUUUUUUUUUUGAGAAUAUAACUAAUUCCAUGGCAUUAAUUGGAGAAGAGGGUUCACUCGGUCCUGCUCAAUGUUCCUCCUCAGCCAUUCAUUUUACUUUUAGUGAGACCUUGCAAAUUGACUGCCCAGUUUACACCAUUUUGUACUUCAAAAAUAAGCACUUUCGCAUAUUCUGAGAACAUGAUGAGACUCUACAGAAAUGCAAGUCUUUCUUUUCAUUAGAUUUAUUUGAUUUGCGGUAUUAUAUUAAUUUCUUUUCUUUAAAGCUGCUGUGGAAUCACCAGAGGGAAUUGGCAGUAUUUCAUCCAACCCCUCAGUGCUUGUUAUUCCUCAGCUUCUAGAACCAAACCUGUGGUUGGGGAAUCCCACUGUGAUGGCAAUCAUGGUGCAAGUCCCGAAGUGUCCACUGCACUGAAGCUUUAUGUCACUGGGUGCUUCCUAGCACCGACUGGUCACCCUGCUCAUAUCAGCUAGCACACAAAUCCCUGUUGUAUCACAGGAGUAGAAGAUGCUCUCUCCCUCCUUGUGUGGCCAUUAAUGAUAUUUAACGGUGGCAGAAGACACAUCCCCACUUUACCAGUUGUACAGCAUUCUCAGAGUACAAGGCACUAUUACAUUGCACCCACAUCACUAUUCAUGAACUUUCCCACUAAUCAUUGGGGAAAAACCUGAUUUUCAAUAUUUAUUGGCAACCAGAUGGAUUUUUUUUUUGUAUACAGAUAGUUAUUAUGCUCUGGAAUACACUGCCUGGAAGGGUGGAGGAAGCAGAUACAAUAAAAGGGAACUAAUGGUAGAUAUAAAAUUUCAGGGUUAUGAGGAAGGAGCAGGGCAGUGUAAUUAAUUCCUUCUGUACUGUAUUAUUCUAUGUGAAGCCUCAAUCUGAAGUUCUGCAGUCUCCUCUGGAAGAUUCUUUCUGACUGCUAGACACAAGACAAAGCUUAACACAGACUGGACUGAAGUAAUGUCACACCUUGUUCAAAACUAUCUAUGAUUCAUUGUCAUCCUCUAUGUUUUUAAAAAAAAAUAGCUGUAUAUUUUUAUUACACAAUAAAAUCCUUUCUGGUUA